CCAGGGCGGUGUCGCCUUGUAAGCCUCGCGGCAUUCACAGGCAGUAGGCGAUGACCUCUGAGACCCUUAUACUCAGCCGAGCAGACGCGAGCACUACCCGGUUGUGCGAUUGUGUCGGAAAAGAUGCGCUUCACAUUGACUCUCAUUGCUACUGCGCUCGCAUUGAUCGAAGCAGCUCCCGCCGAUGUCGAUGUCAAUCUCGACAUCAUGCAACGAGUCGAGCUUGCUAAUGGGAACCAUACCGGAGAGGCAGCAUCGACGAGCAAGUUUCUUCGCGUUCAUGCUACGUCCGCCGGCCAAGUCGAAUGCACGGAACGAAUGGUUCUUCAGGUGCGAGGCACGGGCGAACCGCAAGGCGCUUGCAAGCCUUGCACGCCCGUCAUUCGUAGCUUGCAGGCGCAGAUGGAUGUCCAGCUCGUAGAUAUAAUCUACCCUGCAGGGGCUGGGCAAGAUUCGUCACAAGCGACAGCCAGUGUCAUUGAGAUCGCCAAUGCUUGUCCGAACAGCAGAAUACUUGCUCUUGGAUAUUCUCAAGGAGCUACAGCAGUCACGAGAGCGUUGUCUUCCAUCAAUACUGCUGGCCAGUCGGCAAUUUUGUUCGGAUCGCCUUGCCGAACGCCUGGCGCAGAUCAAGUCAAUGUAGAUGAGAACGGGGCAGGAAAGACGGCCAAGGUCAGGGGACUACAAAGCGGAGGUUGUGCCGUGCCUGCAGCAUACAACGAUCAGAGCAGAGUCUUAGACAUCUGUCAUACUGGCGGUGAGCUGUUAUCGCAUGUGUUUUCACAGAAGCUGACAGAUAAGGCGUGCUCCAGAUCCAGUGUGCUCGAGCAGUAUAUUCAGUUCGGUCAACAACCACCUUCAGUACCAAGCCCCGCCGACGGCUAAGCUAGCUUCAGACUUUGCCCUUGCGAGAAUGAUGGCAUAGAUAUAAGGAAACUUGUAGAGCCCAUGUGUUUGUAGAUGUUUGCAUUGUAGAGCCU